AGAUGCUGAGAGAGCUGCUAAAUGCAAAUCCAGGCACACUGCUGUGGCUCUAAUUUAAUGGAGUUGUUGACCCUCUGCAGCUGUGUGGGGAGCAGGAAGAGAGACACAGCUAAAACUGUGGAAUGCAGCAUCCCUGCUUGACUAUUCCAGCCACGGGCCAACCUCUGCUUUGCUGGGCUGCUUUAAUGGCUGGGAGUUGCUCCAAAAAGCCAUUUCUGAAGAGUAGAAAGCUGCUGGGUCAUACUUCUGUUUUGAUUCCACGAAAAAGCUUAAAAGAGAGAGAUAAGGGCGUAGCUCCAGGUCACUUUGCCCAUGGCUGGAAGCUAAAGCAGGUCCAGAGCUGCCCUGGAAAUGUCUCCAGUGGAGCAAAGCCAGCUCUGCCCUCUGCUCCAGGCUUCUUUCAGGACUGCAUCUGCUUCCCAAUGAUAAUGAUGAUGCCGACAUCACGCUCCCGCCUGGGAUAAUCUCCCUUUUAUUACACGUGUCCUGAUGGGGACAAACAUUGCUGGCUCUGCCUGUCCGGUUUCUUAUGUAACAGCACCCACGGACAGAGGGCUUGGGGGAGAGAUGGGGGAGAGAUGCUUGGGUUUUGGAAUAAGUUCCUCGGACAAGAAACCUUAUGUCUGACUCCCCAUCCUACAUGGAAUCAGAUGAUUCCCCUGAGAAACUUCCCCCCACUCAAGCCCAAGCAAUGAUCACGCCCGGCACAACCAGCAGCCUCCCCAUCCUUCCCCAAAGAAAGCUCAUCCACUCUGGGCAGGGCUGCCUUUGGCUUCUUAUGGGCUCCUGAUGCUGUUGGAGAGGUCAGGAUCAGGUACAGGACAGUGCUGCCUGUCCUGGCUGAGUCCCCUGCUCUCCCUGCCCGGCCCUCAGAGCAGGGCAAUCAGCUAAAUGCUUUAUCCCUCUGCAGCCAGUCACGCCAGGGAAAAAAAACCAACAGACCCUGAAGUGAUCCCUUUGCUGGCCUGUCACCUUAAAGCUUCUCACCUCUCCCCGUCUUUCAUCGGAGUUCUAAACUCCUUAGGAUGUCAUCACGUGCUCCAUAAAUAACAAAUAUAUACAAGCAGGGGCUGUGGAGGAUGCAGCAGACAGUGGAGGGAAGGCAAAAUCCCACAUCCUCCUCUCCAGCCAGCGCUGAGACGGCACCCCCGGAGCCAGGCGGGCAGGGAGCGGCGUGGGCUCCCCGGCUGGUGCUUCCGCUGGCUCACGGUGCUGCAGGAGCUUGGCCGGAAUAAAGGGCGUGGGAGCCGGCAGAGGCUGCCCCGAACAGAGGGAGCCAGGCAGGGGGAGGAGGAGGAGGAGGAGGAGGAGGAGAAGGAGGAGAAGGAGGAGAAGGAGGAGGACGGGGAGGAUGUCGGCGCUCAGCGCGUUGCCCUUCCUGAAGCCGGUCCACCUGCGGUCACCCCGCAGCUCGCCCGGGGGCCAGCGCCGGCACACGCUGCCCGCCAGCGAGUUCCGCUGCCUCAGCCCCGAGGACGCGGUCAGCGUGUUCGAGAUCGAGCGCGAAGCCUUUAUAUCGGUCUCUGGGGACUGUCCCCUGCACCUGGAUGAGAUCCGCCACUUUCUGAACCUGUGCCCAGAGCUGUCCCUCGGCUGGUUUGAGGAAGGGCGGCUCGUGGCGUUCAUCAUCGGCUCCCUCUGGGACCAGGAGAGGCUCAGCCAGGCAGCGCUGACCCUGCACAAGCCGCAGGGCUCGGCCGUGCACAUCCACGUGCUGGCCGUGCACCGCACCGUCCGCCAGCAGGGCAAGGGCUCCAUCCUGAUGUGGCGCUACCUGCAGCACCUGCGCUGCCUGCCCUUCGCCCGCCGCGCCCUGCUCAUGUGCGAGGCCUUCCUCGUGCCCUUCUACCAGAAGUGCGGCUUCGAGGCGCUGGGGCCCUGCGAGGUGACGGUGAAGGACCUGGCCUUCGUGGAGAUGCAGCACCCCGUGCGGGGACACGCCUUCAUGCGCAGGAACAGCGGCUGCUGAGCCGCCUCUGCUCCGGCCUGCCUGCGGGGACGAGAGGCUGCAGCCCCUCUCCGUCCCCACCACUGUGAUGCAUCUUCCCCACCUGGCCCUGGCUGCAGCUACUCCCUCUGCCACAUCUGCCUUCCAGCCACAUCAGCCUGGCCCCACGCCAUCCCUGCGGGGCUGGGGACAGAGAUUCCUGCCAGGUCCUGCUGGAAGCAUCAGCUCCCUGGGCUCUGCCUUAGCCAGGGCUGCGCUGGCGGGUCUGGGUGGGCUGCAGGGCCAUGAGCCCCCUGGGAUGGAAAGGCUUUGCCCUGGGAAGGGCUGGGGGCUCUGCUGGUUUGAGGGCACCUCCACCCACCGCAGUUUGCUGAGACACCCAGCACAGCCCCCACAAACAAUGUGCCCCAGCCUGGCACCCCUUUCCACCACCAUCACCACCACGAGCAGAGCACACCAUGGCCAAGCCCUCCCUGAACAGCCCCCAGACCAGGCAGGGAUCCUGGCAGCCACCCCCCUGCCCACAGACAUCUUUCCAGAGCCCUUGGAGCACAUUCCCAGCCCACAGCCACCCGCAGCUGCACACUGCAGAGCCUCCCCAGGGAACCAGUCCAAACCACUUGGUCCUCCCUGUCCCAGACCCACAGCCGGCCCAGGACAAGCCUUCUGCAAACAACUCAGGUUGUUGGAAAGCAGCAAAUAAAAGAUGUGGUGGUGAUUUUCUA